AUGAAGGCAAAAUUAAAAUUACUCAAAAUGCAGCCCAGAUUGCCCCUAUCUAAGUGGAGCAUCCAUCCUUCUACCCUGGCCGUGGAAUGGGCCAGUGUAUGCCGGAAUUUAACAUCGCAACAAGCAGUGAGAGUGCUGCAUAAAUUUACAACGUCACUAGUGGAUCAUCUGAAGAAGGGAAAUACAAUAUCAGAUGAUUCCUGCCAUAUUUUUCUGGAAAGAAGGGUGGCGCACGAACUGUUGAAAGGAAGAAAAUUGUCAAAUUCGAACAAUUUGUCGCUAUAUAAGUCUCUAGAGCUUAUACACGGGAAGAUUAUGGACCUGGACGCCAGGUCGAUGCUUGACCCGAAGCAUGUGUCGCUGUCCCUCAACUCGUACGCUAAAUUCUACGACAGCUUGAACUCGAGCAACAGACUCUACAAGUUUAACCUGAUCACAACAAAGCAUAUAAACAACUACGUAUCGCAGCUGCUGAGGAUAGCAACGAAAAAGGUGGACUACAUGAACGAGCAGGACCUGUCACUGGUGUUAAACUGUAUAUCGAAAAUGAAUAUAAAGAACCACGAAUUCCUCAGCACAUCAAACGAUUUGCUAAAUAGAUCACUGGAAGAGUACACGAGGUUGGGAUUGAGCCUUGAGGAAGAAAACGGCUCAGAUAAUUUGAUAAAAAGUAUGACUCCACAGGGAUUGGCGCUGCUGUUAAACUGCUACUCGAAGAACGGCGUGGAGUUGAACAGAAAUGUUUUAAAUUUUUUCGUGGAAAACUAUAUACCGAAGAUGAAGGACAGGUUCUCGAUAAACCAUCUGAUAAUGUCACUGCACGCAUUUUUGAAGUACAACGUGCCGGUGCUGAACCUGUUGAGCAGUUUGAAGACAGCAGAUAAAAUGCUCAGCGGAGGCCAGGAGCACUACACAAUGAAGUUGAUAUCGUUCGCACUGUACACGCUCUCGAAGUAUAACUUUUACCCAAGUCUGUCAAUAGAUGGCAUGAUAGAGUACGUGAACGGAGCGAGUCUGAGCCAGGCGUCGGAAGUUGAGAUGUGUAACGUGUACUACGCGCUGGGGAAGCUGAACGUGAGAGACCUGGAGACCCUGGAUCACAUGAACAGGAGUGUGGCGUCGAAGCUGAGGAGGUUCACGCCGCACGCAAUCGUAGGAAUAUACCACUCGCUGUCGAGGCUGGACUACAAGCAGAUGCUCGCACAACCACCACUAACAAAGUCACCGCUAACACUGGAAGACAAGUUCACAGGAGGAUUCGUUAAAUUCUUCAGAGAUAAGUCAAGGCUAACGUCAGCAUUCAACUCGAAUGUGAAUCUCACGCUCCUGCCAAUACAGCUGAUCAACUUCACAUUCAGUUGCGCAAUCAACUACAACAUGGACCCGUGGAUAUACAACUUCAUGCUGAACAAACUGAUAUGUAUAAUAGAAAAGACCCCAGGAGAGAAGGAAAAGUAUGGAAGAAGUGGUAACAUCUUGAUGACCUACAGAGAAGAGUUGGCAACGGAAGACGACCAUUACAAGUUUCUGUCAAAAUACGUGGGAAUACGAGGAAUGUACCAAAUUAAUUGCAUACUGCAGCACGUGCAAUACUACGUAGAAGGAGGGCUGGAGGCGCUGGACUACGAAGUGCUCUCCUCACUUAACACGCUGCUGGACAGAUUCAGGUUCGUCUCAGACGGCAACAACAAGUACGUCCUGGAAGACCAAAUCGUGGAGUCGGAAGGAGACGAGGAGGAGCGCGCAGAAGAGAGAACACUGCCAGUGACGUCCAGGAUUCACGGAAACGUCUACACAGUGCUGGAAAAGGUGCUGAGGAGGGGAGGCCAGGAGGAGAGCCCGCUAGAGCUCGACGAGUCGAAGCUGUUCAUAUACAAGGAGCACGAGGUUGUGCCGUACGUGGUCGACAUAAGUUUCUACAUCUGUAUUGCACGUGGACUUCCACACACCGAAAUGGGAAAAACAAAAAGCCCAAAAUCAUAUGAUACAGUGUUGUAA